CCGAGCCUUGGUGAUGAGACCGUUUCCACCUGUUGUGAGCCUCGGUGCGGCGUUGCGACGCUGCUCGGCGGCUCCAGCUCCGGGUCUGCAAGCUGGUGCUCUUGGCUGUCGCUGUCUCGUCUCGAGCGCAUUGGCGCGCCAUUGAGCCCCAGCUUUUCGGGCGCGCCCUGCCCCCCCACUCCUCGACGCAAUGCAGGCGGAUGCCCCGCUGAUGCUGCGGCGGCUCUUGGCGGCUCUGUUGGCGGUGUCGGGUGCUCGCCUGAGCCACUGCGGGCGUCUGCUGCGACAGCACGGCAGCAGAGUUUAUAAGCAGACUCUUCACAAUUACCAGAACGUGCAGUACUUCGCGGACUUCGACAUCGGAGGGCAGAGCAUAUCGGGCAUCUUCGACACGGGCUCAUUUGAACUGCUCGUGAGGUCGUCGAGAUGCGCGCAGUGCGUCCAUCCGACUCCGCCUUACACGCACGACAAGAGCAAGAGCUACAGCAAGAACGGCACCAUGGCGAAACACGUGUUCGGAUCUGGGCCUUGCGUGUCGAUGAUGGGCUACGAAACGGUCUCCGUGGGCCCGGUCUUGAAGGCCGAAGGCCAGGCGUUCUGGGAGAUUGUCGACCACCGCAUCCAGGUUCUGAACACAGCGAAAUUCGCGGCGAUCGUCGGCAUCGGCCCGAAUUUCGCGGCGCAGAACUCUGAGAAGACGCUGCUCAUGAACUAUGGAAUCACGUCAUUCUCCAUCUGCCUGCGCAAGCCCAGCGGCUCGGAGGGCUACUUGACCUGGGGUGCCCCCAUCGAGAAGACGGGUCGCGUCACCGCGCGCGUCAUCGGCCAGCACCACUGGGUCACGCCUCUGAGCGGCGUGUCGUUCAGCUCCCCGGGCGGCCCGCAGGCGCUCUGCGACGCCAGCCAGCCGUGCGCCGCGAUCCUGGACAGCGGCACGUCCCUCAUCGCGGCCCCUGGCCUCGCGCUCAUGGCGCUCAGCGAGCAGAUCCCCGAGAUCAAGCAGGACUGCUCCAACCUGGAAGCCCUCCCCAUGCUGAGGUUCACGAUCGACGGGCAUGCCCUCGAGCUGCCCCCGCAGGCCUACGUGAUGAGGGUCACCGGUGCGGUCAUGGAGGCGAACGACAUCUGGGACGUGCUCUUCUUCAAGCCCAGCAUCCGCAGGGUCGACAUGUGCAUGCCGGCGUUCAUGCAGAUCGACAUGAUGUCGCAGCACGGCCCCGUCUGGAUCCUGGGCAUGCCCUUCUUCCGCUACUUCCACACCACCUUCGACCGCGAGGAGCGGGCGAUGCACGUCGCGCGCGCGGGCCCAGACUGCGAGGCCCUGCCCCUGGGCGGCAACGCGGCCGAGGCCCUGCUCGCGGUGGACAGGGAGGAGAUGGGCAAGCCCAUGGACGUCGAGGUGGACGCGCUCAUCCCGCCGACGCUGUCGGGCCAGAUGGACUUUCCGUUCGGAAGCAUGGGCGAGCUGGAGCUAUGAGUGCAGCCGCGCCGUGGAGCGAGCCUUCGGGUCGCUGCGGGUGCUGCGCUUCCGACAAGCGCGCACCAGUGACCUCGGCAUUUGCAGGCGCCGCGCGCGCCUUGUCCCCACGGCUUGAGCCCGAAGUCGAGGAAAGCCGCAUCGUCAUCGCUCAGCGCUCUAAUUAGUGAUCGUUGCCAUCUCUCCCGCCGUUUAACGUUCUGCGGCGUUCGGGCACGAAGCGGUCGUCAUAUGCGGGAAGGUGCACUUGCACGGAGGCGUCCAAGACAUCGCCGCAAAGUUCGACCCGCCGGAGAAUGCAAGCACUUCGAAGUGACGAGACCAGGG